CCCUUAAAAAUAAAAAGGAGUCACCCCGCCGCCUCGAGGUCGAAGAGCAUUGAGCCAAAGAGAGGGCGUUGGGUGCUUUUGCUUUCUCGUCUGCGGUUUUGGAUAGGAUUCGCACUUCACAUUCUCCUUCUGGGGACUUAGACGGAGGCUUUGUAAAGACCGUCAUUGCCAACGAGCUGCGCUUCAGAGAGACAAGCAGAGCCAUGAAGUACGUGCUGGUUACAGGCGGCGUAGUCAGCGGCCUGGGGAAAGGGGUAACUGCCAGCAGCAUCGGUCUUCUCCUUAAAGCAUGCGGUCUUCGUGUCACUUCCAUUAAGAUUGAUCCUUACCUCAACACUGAUGCGGGUACAAUGUCUCCAUUUGAGCAUGGGGAGGUGUUUGUCCUUGAUGACGGCGGCGAGGUGGACCUCGACCUUGGAAAUUAUGAGCGCUUUCUGGACAUCAAAUUAACGCGUGACAAUAAUAUAACGACAGGAAAGAUUUAUCAGUCUGUUAUCAACAAGGAGAGAAAGGGAGAUUAUCUCGGAAAGACUGUCCAGGUAGUUCCACACGUUACAGAUGCCAUCCAAGAGUGGAUAGAACGUGCAGCAAUGAUACCGGUGGAUGGAAAGGAAGGUCCUGCCGAUGUUUGUGUUAUUGAAUUGGGUGGAACUAUAGGGGACAUUGAGUCUAUGCCAUUUAUUGAGGCACUUGGUCAAUUCUCAUAUCGCGUAGGCCCUGGCAAUUUCUGUUUGGUUCAUGUCAGCCUUGUGCCUGUUCUCAAUGUUGUUGGUGAGCAGAAAACAAAGCCUACCCAGCAUAGUGUUCGGGGAUUGAGAGGACUUGGUUUGACGCCAAAUAUUCUUGCUUGUCGCAGUACAAAGGCACUUGAUGAUAAUGUCAAGGGAAAACUCUCUCAAUUUUGCCAUGUGCCGGCAGAAAAUAUUGUCACUCUCUAUGAUGUUCCGAAUAUUUGGCACAUUCCUUUACUACUAAGAGAUCAAAAGGCACACGAAGCAAUCUUGAAAGGAUUGAACCUCCUAGGGAUUGCCAGGGAACCUGACUUAACAGAGUGGACUGCUAGGACCAAAGUUUAUGACAUGCUUCAUGAUCCUGUUAAAAUUGCCAUGGUUGGAAAAUACAUUGGGCUUAAAGAUUCCUACCUCUCUGUUUUAAAGGCACUUUUGCAUGCAUCUGUUGGCUGCCGCAAGAAGCUUGUUGUGGAGUGGGUUGAAGCAGGUCAUCUUGAAGAUAUUACGGCUAAAGAGGAUCCUGACGCUUAUAAAGCAGCAUGGAACCGUUUGAAGGGUGCUGAUGGUAUCUUAGUUCCUGGAGGUUUUGGUGAUAGGGGAGUGCAAGGGAAGAUUCUCGCAGCGAAGUAUGCUCGUGAGAGAAAAGUUCCUUUCUUGGGCAUCUGCCUUGGGAUGCAGAUAGCUGUCAUUGAGUAUGCACGUUCGGUUCUAGGUUUGCAUAAUGCGAACAGUACAGAAUUUGAUCCUGAAACAUCAAAUCCUUGUGUCAUAUUUAUGCCAGAGGGUUCAAAAACUCAUAUGGGAGGGACCAUGCGUCUGGGAUCAAGGAGGACUUACUUCAAGGUUCCUGACUGCAAAUCUGCGAAGUUGUAUGGCAAUGCAAACUUUGUUGAUGAGCGGCAUCGGCAUAGAUAUGAGGUCAAUCCUGAUAUGAUAUCUCAAUUUGAAGCAGCAGGUCUGUCAUUUGUUGGAAGAGAUGAAAGUGGUAGGAGGAUGGAGAUUGUUGAACUACCAAGCCAUCCAUACUUUAUUGGUGUUCAGUUUCAUCCUGAAUUCAAAUCCAGGCCAGGAAAACCUUCUGCAGUUUUCUUAGGUCUCAUUUCAGCAUCAUGCGGGCAGUUGGAUUCACUUCUACACAAUUUUGGUCAGUUGAGCAAACCGAUGGCAAACGGGAUAAGUAAUGGAAAAGCAACUAUUAAGGCCCAGCAAAAUGGGAACUAUUUCAAGUCUUCGAAUGGUUCAUUAAAUGGUGUGUACAGCAAUGGCAACGGUGUGCACCAUUAAGGAAGCUAUGUGAUAGAACUCUUCUGAUUAUGGGUUUAUGUUCCUCGAAGAGCUUUUUGAUGGAAAACACUUUAUGUUAUGGGUUUAAGUUUCUCCAAGAGCUUUUGAUAGAUCUCGAUUCUGUUUGUACAGUGGUUGUGUAAGGGUAGGAUUUUAGCGCUCCGAGGGACUUCCUUUUCAGGAAGAAGUUGCUUGUUGAGUGUUAAAAUGAUACUGGUAGUUUAUCUAGGACAUUAGGGAACAUGGGCAAGAGGUGUAGAAGGUAGCAACCGUCAAAGUUGAACUAAGCACCCGCUUUUUACUCUUAGGUUUUUGGCUAUAUAUUCUAUUGUGAGAAGAGAAUGUCCUAUGAACAAUUGAAGACCUAGCAGUCCGCUUCCACUAUACAAAGCCAUCAUGUUUGCACUUACAUGAUGCAUAGGUUAAAGAAACUCAACUUUUGCUUGUCGAUGAUUUAUUCCCGUCUUUUUAUUUCCCAACUGAUUUACUUUUGAAAUGCAUUUGAUGAUUUCUAUUCCA